AUGGACUUGAAAACAACAGUUUCUCUUCUUCUCCCGCUGCUCCUGGGCGUCUGUAAUGCUGACCAUGGUGAUAAUAAUGCUGCUGACAAUGAGAUCUCGGUGGAUGGGUCUGCUAUGGAGGACAUUACCACAACUAUUCUGAGAAUGAACAAUGGAUCGGAUGAUUUUCUGCUGGAGGGAGACGUGUUAAUUCCAAGAACCAGAAAUGCUAUGAAGUGUUUUAAUAAAGCAUAUACCUGUCUGUGGCCAAAGUCUGCUAAUGGGAAUGUGGUAAUCCCUUUCCUUUUAAGUGAAAAAUACGACAACACUGAGAGGAAUCAGAUUUUUGGUGCCUUGAGGGACUUUGAAUCAAAAACCUGCAUUCGCUUCUUUCCACGUGCGACUCAGAGGGCGUACUUAAGCAUUGAACCAAGAUAUGGCUGUUCCUCUUUACUGGGUCAUGUUGGAGACAAGCAGGUGCUGUCACUGCAGAGGUUUGGCUGCAUUCGCCGUGGCAUCAUCCAGCACGAGCUGCUGCACGCGCUAGGUUUCUACCACGAACACACUCGGAGCGACCGCGACAUGUAUGUCAGAAUCAACUGGGAAAACAUAAAUCAACAUUUUGUCUACAACUUCCGAAAGAAGGACAUGAAUAAUCUCAAUACUCCGUACGACUACUCCUCUGUAAUGCACUAUAGCAGAACUGCCUUUGGAAAGAAUGGAUUGGAAACCAUAACUCCCACCCUUGACCCCUCUGCUGCCAUUGGCCAGAGAGACGGCCUAUCUGACAUUGACAUUCUCAGGAUCAACAGGCUCUACAAGUGCUGGAAUUAUAUUGGAUAG